AUGUAUUUUUCAGCGUUCGUGGAGGCUGACAAGUCCGUCGAGGAUUGCAGCAACUGCGGGAAACGGCGAAGAAAAUCUGUUAUUGAGGAGAAAUACAUUGUAACGGACGCCAAAGGUGACCUUCCAAGAAAAGCAAGAAUGGUCAUACACUCUGGUCUUGAUGUCGCUGGUUUUCCCAUACCCGAGGUCAUCACCUAUCAAUUGUUGUAUGAUCUAUCUGCGAUCACACGGCCUCAUUGUCAACGGGGUAACAUACUGGAGUGGUGUGGUCAGUGUCAUAAAACAGGCGACUUAAGU